AUGAAUUUAGUGGAGCAUAAGAGGUUUAUCAGGAAAGGUUUUAGUUUGAAUAUUUCUGGAAAGAAGAUAAAGUUCCGAUUAUCCUACAACUCUCUUGUAGCAUCAUUUCCCCGGGGUGAAAGAGAAUGCGUCAUCAAGGCUAUCCAUGAUUAUUUGAUUGAUUUUUUCGGAAGUUCAAUUGAGUAUCAUUGGAAAUCAGAAGGUUUUGAAGCUCAUUUUAUUUCACAACCCCAAAACUUGUCAUUGUCCGCUGCGGUGAGGUUAAACCUGAACUUCGAGGAUAUGAAACUCCUUGACCUUUUUUUCUCCACGUCUCCUGUUUUAAAAUCGGUUAAUAUGUUCACAAGCAUUGGUAACAAACCAUUCCACACGGAAUCUAAAAUCUAUCAAGCAGAAUCUAUUGAAAUCGAUCAAUUCUUCAACACUGUCCCAAACGUUUUGAGUCGUUUUCAAGGAAGACAGGCAUUUUUAGAAACUUUGAGAUACCGAAUCUCGGAUUUGAUCGGGUUUGUGAAUUUAUGGAAAUCAGGACAAGCAUUUCAAAACCUUGAAUACUUACAAAUGAGAAUCGGUUGUCAUGAAAUCCCCCAGGACGAAAUUUUUUCGGCGAUUAAGGCUAAAUUCAUUGCUGGAACUAAGAAGCCACUAACGCACACACUUCCCAAAGUGCACAUUGGGUAUGAUAAAAAACCAAAAACGGAUCCAAUCACUAGCCACACAUACGUCGUUCGAGAUUCAGACAAUCGUGUAGCAUCAAUUCUGAUUCAAGCGAAGACGUUCAGUUUUGGAGUAUGGGAUAUAUAUAUAUAUUCCAUUAAAUUUUUCUUGACCGAAUAG